UGAAGCAAGCAGCUAGAGUCAUGGUGCCUAGUAGAAGUGGGUGCAUCAUAUCCACAGCUAGUGUAGCCGGUGCCAUGGGAGGCCUUAGACCUCAUGCUUAUACAGCCUCAAAGCAUGCCAUUGUAGGUCUAACAAAGAACAAAGCUUGUGAGCUUGGUCGAUAUGGGAUUCGAGUUAAUUGUAUUUCUCCUUUUGGGGUAGCUACUUCCAUGCUAAUCGAUGCUUGGAGCGGUCACGAGGAAGAUGGUGAAGGCAUGGAUUUUGGAUCGUCACCUUGUGAGGAAGAUGUGGAAAAGAUAGAAGAGCUUGUGAAAGGCCUGGCCAAUCUAAAAGCCAAUCUAAAAGGUGCAACUCUAAAAGCUAAAGAUAUAGCAGAGGCUGCUCUUUUUCUUGCAAGUGAUGAAUCAAAGUAUGUGAGUGGUCAUAACCUCGUUGUGGAUGGUGGUUAUACUACCUCAAAGAAUUGCGUGGGUUUGUAAAGAUCGAUCAAUUGGAUAUGUUCGAUUGAAAUUUGUAAGUAGAUGCUUGAAAUUUAUAUGAUAUUACAAGAAAGCAACAAUUGAACCUUACAUGCCAUGAAUUUUUACUGUUAAGAGUCCUUGCCUUUAUAUAGAUUCAUGUCUUUAUAGUCUAUGUUAUGCUACGUUCGCUUGGUUGUCUCCUUACUUUCUCUUCAUGGCCUCAUGCCAGGGUGCCGUUCUUCUCUAAUCGACGUGGUACAUGUGAUAAGUGGAUAUUUAUG